AUGUCGGAGGUGGCGGACGAGGCGGGGCGCUUCAUCGGCUCCCUCGCCGCCGUCAAGGACGAGCUCUCCGUUGACGAGCUCUCCUUCCACUCGCGCGCAUCUCGCUCCGCGUCUGCGGCCGCCGCCGCCGACGGAGGCGCCGACCGGCUGGUCGAGGCGUUGUGCGACGAGCUCAAGGCGAUGCAGGCGGCGCUGGUCGCGACGCACGCCUUCUUCGCCGAGGAGGCCAAGACGAGCAUGGAGGCCUUCUUCAGCCGGUGGGCCACUUUUGCGGGCCAGCUCGAGGCGGCGCUGGCGCACGAGACCGAGGGCAAGCACCUCGAGGGCAGCAAGCGGGCGCGCCGCGCCUGA